AUGGCUGUUGCUCGAACGAAGAUCGACACACUCACAAACUGCGAACGGUGGGCAAAGACUUGGAUCAGCAUGGCCGUCGCUCGAACGAAGAUCGACACACUCACAAACUGCGAACGGUGGGCAAAGACUUGGAUCAGCAUGGCCGUCGCUCGAACGAAGAUCGGCACACUCACGAACUACGAACGGUGGGCAAAGACUUGGAUCAGCAUGGCCGUCGCUCGAACGAAGAUCGGCACACUCACGAACUACGAACGGUGGGCAAAGACUUGGAUCAGCAUGGCCGUCGCUCGAACGAAGAUCGACAUACUCACGAACUGCGAACGGUGGGCAACAUAG